UCUAGGGCACAUCCCUGUGAGCAGACGACACUCUGCACACGUGUGACUCCACUUUAAGACCAUCAGCUGUGCUUGACAUCCAAACUACAGUGCUGCUAGUAAAUGAACAGCAACACAAGGAGGCUUCCGGAACAGCAGAAGAAUACGACUACAGAGAAAACUUGAUCAUUCAUAUAAUACAAAGUUCCAAACAGCAGAAGAAAAUGCAUACAGGUAAAGAAAUCAGCAUGCCAGCUUGUUAUUCAGUGUUAAUUACUGGAACAAACCGUGGUAUCGGGUUGCAGAUGGUGAAGGGCUUCGCUUUAUUAAGUCAGGGUCCAGAAGUUAUCAUUGCUGCCACACGUAAUCCAGGAAAUGCAAAGGAACUGCAAGCUGUAGCUGCCAAGUUCCCCAAAGUUCAUAUUAUCCAACUCGAUAUUGUCAGUGAAGACAGCAUUCAAAGUGCUUUGAAGGAAACAGAAGUUAUCCUGGGAGGCAAAGGCCUGUGUUGUCUCAUAAACAAUGCAGGGAUUAAUGAGGAAUGCACACUUGAAGAUCUCAUUCCUGCUUGCCUAAUAAGGAAUUUUGAGGUCAAUGCAAUUGCCCCACUUAUGGUAACAAAGGCUUUUCUGCCUCUACUAGAGAAAUCUGUUGGGAAUCAUGAAGGUUCUUGGAAAACAAAUGUCAUCAAUAUUGCUUCUAUUAGAGGAUCAUUGACAGACUGUACAGGGAAGGGAGGAGAAUACAGAUCCUAUGGCUACAGAAUAUCCAAAACUGCCCUGAGUAUGGUGACCAGAUGCCUUGCACUGGAUUUGCAGCCAUUAGGCAUCAUUUGCAUUUCCCUUCAUCCAGGUUGGGUGAAAACUGAUAUGGGAGGUCCUCAGGCCAUAUUAAGCCUAGAAGAGAGUGUCUCAGGAAUGUUGUCUGUGAUUGCUGGUCUGUCAGAAAAAUACAACGGGACCUUCUUGGACUGGAGAGGUGAAACUGUGCCCUGGUAACCUUGGAGCAAAAAUGUUAAUCAGUUGGAAGAACACAUUUGAAUUGCUCCUGAUUUGGGGUCAGAAUUUUUCUGUUCAUCAUAUAAUCUGUGACUUUUUUCAGAAAAGAAAUGGAUUAUAGUAAACAAAUAAUGACUGCCAAUAUGCCUGCAGAUUUCCUAUAAUUCAGAAAAUGCAAGCUAAUUCAAGUGUUCUGUUAGUGUUGUAAAUCAUUAAUACCAAUAUUAAAAUGCGUACUUUAUCUGGGA